UUGCUUGUUCGCUACUACAGUCACCCGCCGCCGCUCAUUUGUUUGCCCAAGUCCGCUUCGUUCGCCGUAGCGAUCGCACGUCGGGAUAUAAUUCUCGCGCCAAAAUGCUCCAUAAUGAGUGCACACGCGAAAGAACAGUGAUCUAAAUCAAAAUUACGACACGUAACUGUUUCUAUUUCAUAAAACAAAACAGUUUUUAAUUCACAUUCUGUGCAAGAUAACCUUGUGUGAUAGUUUUAAACUAGUUUUUACUUCGUCUUCACGAUGCAAACGAUUCUCAAUUUUAAAUCAAUGUUUAGUGUGUACGAAUUAGUACUGGAAACAUGUUGACAGGAUUUAUAGUGUUUUCUCUACUAGUUUUCCAGACAUUCCCUUCGGGGCUCUGCUCUAGUCUCCUAUGCGGGCGCACCAAAGAAGUAGAAGUGGGGGAGGGCGUCGGCGCGGGCGCAGCACUGGCGCUGGCGCUAGUGCGGUCCUCCCCAGCAAUGCCUACCGAAGGCCCUUGUCAGCUGCGUUUGAAUGCGCCGGAUGCUGCUGCUUUUACUGUUAGACUUAUUGAUGUUAAGGAGUCAUUGGUGGACUGGGAGCGCGGCCAAAUCGGCGUGCAGGCACCAGCGCCAGUCGCAGGCGCACCAGGGCGCAAAUGGAGCGCGAGGAAUGGAGCGUCUGCGCAGGACACCGCUCCGGACCAAUCCGCGCUUGUCACGAACGCUACAGAUUCUUGCAAACGGUCCAAGCCAUCGGACACGCCAGUCAACAUCCCUGCCUCCUGCAUCGAUCUCUCACCGACGGUCACCGUCACAGCUACCUCUCGCGAACUCUUUUCUUCCUCCUUACCACCCUCCCCUCCCGAAUACGAACCACCCCCUUCCUAUUCCUCCCUUUUCCCUAGGGCUUUCAAAUCCUCCCCUACUCCUGUGCCCCACUGCUCCCAUCAAGAGCCUCCGGAUUGAAUUACAUCACCAAUUAGUUCAUAACAAAUUCUGACUGUACUGGUAAUAAAUAAGCAUCACAAUAAUUUUAGUAUUUGUAAUUUUGACAAUGGACAAUCGUUUUUCUCUUAUGUAAGACCUAAAGUCUGCCUUAAGUGCCUUUGAAUUGUAAUUAAUUUGUUGAUGUUGCAAUUAAGAAAAAAAACGACAUAAAGGAGUUAGUUGUGAUAACGGUUUAUUAAAUAUUUUAAGUAUUUCAUUUGUUGACACUAAACACAGUAUAUUUAGGUUUUUUCCUAAGAUGUAAUAUAAGGUUAAAUGUAUGCUUAUUGUUGUAAUAGGAUUUUGAGACAUAGGCCAUUAAAAUUGAGUACAAUUUUCGACUAACUCUAAAUACAUAAAACAGCAUAAUACAUAUAAUUUUGGGACCAAAUCCAUUUGAACUUGGACAGUGAAAAUACUACAAAAGAGUGCCUUAGAAAAAUAGUUAUAUAUUAACAUUUGUUUCAUGAAGAUAUAUGCAAUGACUUUUAGUGUUCUUUACUUUAUCUUUAACCCUACGGGAAAUAAACUUGCAGUAUUUGUUCAUACUCAAGUUGUUUAUUGUUCAGAUGUCUACGAAUACGAAUCAUGAAUUUGUGGCUUACAGAAACAGAUAUUGUAUAUAUUGUAACUCCAUUAGUUUUCGAUUUGAUGACAUAAUUUCAUUAACCAUUUAACAUAGACUUUUCACAUGUUAAGUAAAUGUCCUUGUUUGUUCCUUGUUUGGAACGUUCUCUGCUAAUUUGUCUAGUGCUAUAUCACAAUAGUAGAUUGUAAAACAAGUGCAUAAAACUCGUCAUUGUUUCCGAUACGAGUAUAUCCACCCGAGGCGCAGGCUAGGGAUAGGGAUGGAUACUUAAGUCAACAGUAAAAUGGGUUUUAUACACUCUGCUUUUCACUUCUAUUGCGAGGAAAUUAAACAACAAUAUUACAAAUAGACGAUUAAUUAAUUAAAGUUGAAUCUAAAAU